UCCCUUGCGUUCCGGCUUACCAGAAACUUCACAGGGAAAAAUCACUGAAGUAUGAGUGCAGAGCUAAACAGGGACUACGAGAUUGGGCAGGAGCUCGGCCGCGGUCGGUUCGGCGUCGUCCGCCGCUGCGUCUCGCGCUCCACCGGCGAGCCCUUCGCCGUCAAGUCCGUGGACCGCUCCAGCCUAGCCGACGACCUCGACCAGGAGCUGGCGGAGCUGGAGCCGAAGCUGGCCCAGCUCGCCGGCGCGGGGAACCCGGGCGCCGUGCAGACGCACGCGGUCUACGAGGACGACGUCUGGACCCACACGGUCAUGGACCUCUGCUCCGGCCCGGACCUGCUCGACUGGGUCCGGCGCCGCCGCGGCGCGCCCGUGCCGGAGCCCGUCGCCGCCGACAUCGUCGCGCAGGUCGCCCAGGCGCUCGCCCUCUGCCACCGGCGCGGGGUCGCCCACCGCGACGUGAAGCCCGACAACAUCGUCCUCGACGAUGUCGAGGAGGACGGUGAGGACGUGUCGCCGCGCGCGCGGCUCGCGGACUUCGGGUCGGCGGCGUGGAUCGGGGGCGGGCGCCGCGCCGAGGGCCUGGUGGGCACGCCCCACUACGUGGCCCCCGAGGUGGUGUCGGGCGAGGACUACGGCGAGAAGGCGGACGUGUGGAGCGCGGGCGUGGUGAUGUACGUGCUGCUCUCCGGCGGCGCGCUCCCGUUCGGCGGCGAGACGGCCAAGGACGUGCUGUCGGCGGUGAUGCGGGGCAGCGUCAGGUUCCCGCCCAGGCUGUUCUCCGGCGUGUCCCCCGCCGCCAAGGACCUCAUGAGGCGAAUGAUGUGCCGCGACGAGUGGCGGCGCUUCUCCGCCGAACAAGUUCUACGCCACCCGUGGAUCGUGAGCGGCGGAGGAUCCCGAGCCAUGGAGCAGCCGACCUGAACGGCGGCGACCGAUCGAUUCGACCUGAGACUCAGAGUAGAGGCGAACUAGACGUCGAAGAUCUUGGGCUCUGUAGAGGAAGCAGAGACAUCGGCGAGACACACCGGCCAGCCGACGCUGUGAAUACGGUUUUUGUACAAUACAACGCCGCGCAUAUAUACCCUGGGUUGUAGUAUCGCGCUAUGGCAGUAGAUCUAGAAGAAGAGCAUCAGCAGCUCCUUUCUGGUUUAAUGUUUAGUUAACCCCUGGGUUAGGCUCUGCUCCAGCUUUAUCUAGAGAGCGCCUUUUCCUUUUCUUGCGAGUGUUGCAUGAGGUUGUAUGUAUAUAUUCGAAUCUAUGUACGUCUUGUACAAAUGAAGUUGGAAUAAGAUGGGCUAGCCUAGCUUAUGCUUUGCUUCAUUUCUAAUUA